CUCGCAUUGACUUAAUGUAGAUAAAUUCAAUAUAUUGUUAGUGUUUUAGUGUUAGAAAUGACGUGGUCACCGCCAGACAUUACUCCAGCAUGCUCAGAUGCCCAUGCGCAUCUAACUCAGUGCUCUCAAACUGGGUACAUGUUUUUGGCUUUAGUGGCGCGAUUAUUUGGGAAGUCAUCCAAUCAUCAAUAUACAAAAGUUAACCCUUAUUCCAAUCAACCUUCAUAUGAGUCAAUACCUUAUUAUUCAGGCCAUUCGAGUUUCUACUCUCAACCCCCGUAUGUUGGGUCUAAAUUCAGUUACGGCAAUGAUUUUCCAAAAUUUAAUUUUGAAGAUGAUUCUUUAACGCACUAUGGAUCAAAGGAUUUUGACUAUAAUAGAGGAAGUAAUUAUGAUUUAGACGGUGCUCAUUCUGAAGUUAUUAAAAAAGAAGAAGAUAAGGAUAGUGGAAAGAGUAGCAGAAAGAAGAGACAUGUAUACGCUUAUGAUUUUAUUAUUGUUGGUGCUGGUUCUGCUGGCUGUGUUCUGGCUAAUCGGCUGUCUGAAGUAAAAAGAUGGAAGAUAUUGCUUUUAGAAGCAGGUCCCGAGGAGCCAGAUGUCACAAUGGUGCCAGCGUUCGCCCCAACGUUAGGACGGUCCAGUAUUGAUUGGAUGUACACAACGCAACCGGAAAAAUUGACCUGUCGAGCGCAGAGAGGGCAAACUUGUUCGUGGUUCAGAGGUAAAACCAUGGGAGGUUCGAGCGCUAUCAACUAUUUGGUGUACAUGAGAGGAAACAAACUGGACUAUGACAGCUGGGCAGAAGAAGGCAACACUGGUUGGAGUUACAGAGAAGUUCUACCAUACUUCAAAAAGUCCGAAAAUAAUAGAGAUAUAGAGGCCCAUGAUACAUAUUAUCACAAUGUUGGUGGACCACUUAAUGUAGAAAGAUUUUCAUACGUUGACGAUAAUACAAUGCUUCUAGUUCAGUCAUUUAAAGAAAAAGGCUACCCUAUUACAGAUGUAACAAAAGCGAAUAACAUAGGUACAGAUAUUGCCCUAUCAACAUCUAAAGAUGGGAAACGACAAUCUACAAACAUUGCUUUCAUUGAACCUAUACGCCACCGACCAAAUUUAGAUAUUAUCACAAAUGCCUUUGCCACCAAAAUAAUAAUUGAUCCUGUAACAAAAGUAGCUCAUGGCGUGGAAUAUUAUAAAAAUGGAGUUCAUCAUAAAGUUUUUGCAAAAAAGGAAAUCAUCGUAAGCUCUGGUGCAUUAAACUCCCCAAAACUCCUAAUGCUCUCAGGAAUAGGCCCAAAAGAACAAUUAGAAAGCCUUAACAUUCCUGUACUAGCUGAUUUAAAAGUAGGUCAUAAUUUACAGGAUCAUGUCACUACAGAUGCUUUUAUUGUAUCAUUAUCGAAUAAGACUUCAACUCUUGUGAAUAGGGAUCAACUUCUUAGUGAAGUAUAUAACUAUCACGGACAACACUACAAAAAGCAUGGGCCUUUAUCGACAACUGCUACUUUGAAUAGUGUUGCUUUCAUUAAAACUAGUUACGUCAGAGAAAAUGCGCCAGAUAUCCAAUUUCAUUUUGACGGAAGGAAUGUUCAAGAGUACUAUGCAGAUCCUGCUAAUUAUAUGGCAACUAAUGUGCUACCCACAUCAUUCUAUAAUGGCAUUGCAGUUCGCCCAUUACUUCUUAUUCCAAAAAGUAGAGGUGUUGUAUUAUUGAAUAUAACAGAUCCUGUUUUCGGUCAACCCUUGAUUUAUUCUGGAUUCUUCCAAGUUCAAGAAGACAUGGAUAGACUUGUAGAGAGUAUGCAAUUUGCCCUUACUUUAGAAGAAACCGAUGCAUUUAAAUCUGCAGGAGCAAGCUUUGUAAGAAUUCCAGUUGGAGCUUGUUCUCUUUACAUAUGGGGAUCUUAUGAUUAUUUCGCAUGCCUGCUCACACAUUACACAACAACCAUUUAUCAUCCAGUUGGCACUUGCAAAAUGGGACCUUCUUGGGAUAAUUAUGCUGUCGUUGAUCCACGGUUACGUGUGUAUGGUAUUAAAAAUUUGAGAGUUAUUGAUGCAUCUAAUAUGCCCACGAUUGUACGUGGUAACACAAAUGCACCAACUAUCAUGAUAGCAGAAAAAGGAAGUGAUAUGAUCAAGGAAGAUUGGAUUGCCAAAUUCCAUAAAAAUUAAAUAAUUUUAAAACUUUAUAAAAAAGCCAUAAAUGUAAAUAGAGCCAUUGUCAAUAUUCAAUACCAAUACACCUCUAAUUAUCGGUUUUGAUAAAAAUAAAUAUAAUUUAUACAG